AUGGCGAGACAACAAAAUAGUGCGGAUCUUGACGAAGGGCUAACAAAUUUGGAAAAAGAGAUUUUGCAAGACGAAAUGGAUAGAAGGUCGGCGAGAGUGAGUUCUUACACUAACACCGAUGUUGAAGAAGAGUUUAUUGCCGAUACUCAAGAAGACCAUGCAACUUUCACAAGUACAUCGUCCAACCUCAACCCCGAUGAAGGAUUCUCAAACUCCGCUCAAGAAUACCAAUAUUACGAAGACACCUACAACUUUUGGAAUUUUCCUCCCGGUAUGGUGUUUUGA